AUGGCACCGCUUCCCAUCAAGUUUCAGGAGCUGUUGAUGCUCAACAAUGUUGGCGUCGACAGCUCCGCCAUCGGAUUCAACUCUUGCACCCUAGAAUCCGACCAUUUCAUCUGCAUACGAGAGCAGAAGGGCGACAAGAACGAAGUCGUCAUCGUCGACCUCAAAGGAGAUAACAAUGUCACGCGCCGGCCGAUCAAGGCAGACAGUGCCAUCAUGCAUUGGACCAAGCAAAUCAUCGCCCUCCGCGCCCAGUCUAGAACACUGCAGAUCUUCGACCUUGGGCAGAAGCAGAAGCUGAAAUCCGCUACUAUGAACGAGGAUGUCGUCUUCUGGAAGUGGAUUAGCGAAAGUGCUCUUGGCUUAGUAACCGAGACCGCCGUAUUUCACUGGGACAUCUUCGACAGCACCCAAGCUGCUCCUGUUGAGGUCUUCAAGCGCAAUUCCAACCUUAGUGGCUGCCAAAUCAUCAACUAUCGAGUUAACGACGAAGGCAAGUGGAUGGCAGUUGUUGGCAUCUCCCAGGUGCAGGGUCGUGUCGUGGGCAGUCUGCAGCUAUACUCAAGAGAUAGAGGCAUCAGCCAGGCCAUCGAAGGCCAUGCUGCCACAUUCGGCACGGUGAGACUGGAGGGCGCACCUGAGGAUACCAAGGUCUUCAGCUUUGCGGUCCGAACAGCUACUGGCGCCAAGCUGCACAUCGUCGAGAUUGACCAUCGAGAGGGAAAUCCGGUCUUUCAGAAGAAGGCUGUCGAUAUCUUCUUCCCGCCGGAAGCCACCAAUGAUUUCCCAGUCGCCAUGCAAGUAUCCAAGAAAUAUGGAAUUAUCUACAUGGUAACGAAGUAUGGGUUCAUCCAUCUCUACGACCUCGAGACCGGCACUACCAUCUUCAUGAACCGCAUCUCCAGCGAGACGAUCUUCACCACCUGUGCCGACACCGAAUCCACUGGCAUUGUUGGUAUCAACAGAAAGGGUCAGGUCCUCUUCGUUUCUGUCGACGAUGAAACCAUGGUUCAAUACCUCCUGCAGAACCCCGCCAACACCGAAAUCGCUAUCAAGAUGGCUUCGCGUGCGGGUCUACCUGGUGCCGACCAACUCUACGCACGGCAAUUCGAGACAUGCUUCAACUCCGGCGAUUACGAAGGUGCAGCUAAGAUUGCCGCCAACUCGCCCAGAGGGUUCCUGCGUACGACGGAGACCAUCCACAAGUUCAAGAGUCUUCCCCAGCAGCCCGGCAAGAUGUCUUUCAUUCUUCAGUACUUUGGUAUGCUUCUCGAUAAGACAACUCCGCUGAACAAGACCGAGACGCUUGAGCUGGCUGUCCCUGUAUUGUCGCAAGGCCGCAAACAUCUACUGGAGAAGUGGGCCAAGGAGGGCAAGCUUGACUUUUCUGAGGAGCUCGGUGAUCAGAUCCGUCCCCAAGACAUUAACCUUGCUCUCGUCGUAUAUCUGAAAGCCAAUGCCGCUCACAAGGUUGUCGCUGCUUUCGCCGAGCUUGGACAAUUCGAGAAAAUCCUACCUUACUGCGCCCAAACCGGCUAUCAACCAGACUGGAUCACCUUGCUGCAACACAUCGUCCGAACGAACCCUGAUAGGGGCGCGGAGUUCGCGAGUUCGUUGGCUAAUCAUGAAGGUGGUUCCCUGAUCGAUAUCGAACGUGUGGUGGACGUUUUCCAAGCGCAAGGCAUGGUACAACAGGCAACCGCCUUCCUUCUUGACGUUCUAAAGGAGAAUCGCCCUGAGCAUGGUCACCUGCAGACACGGCUUCUUGAGAUGAAUCUGGUGAACGCCCCACAGGUUGCCGACGCAAUCCUCAGCAACGACAUGUUCACGCAAUUCGACAAGGCUCGGAUUGCAGCCUUGUGCGAACAGACUGGGUUGUAUCAGAAGGCGCUCACUCUGUACGAGGACCCGGCUGCUAUCAAGCGCGUCGUCGUGGGCAUUCCCGGCAUGCCGAACUACAGCGCCGAUUGGCUGGUCAACUACUUUGGCCAGCUCUCCGUCGAGCAAUCUCUUGACUGCUUGGAUGCGAUGAUCAAGGCCAACAUCCGCCAAAAUCUCCAGUCCGUCAUUCAGGUUGCCACCAAGUACUCGGAGCUUCUGGGCACGUCCAACUUGAUUGAUCUCUUCGAGAAAUACAAGACUUCUGAAGGCCUCUUCUACUUCCUGGGCAGUAUAGUAAACGUGUCUCAGGAACCAGACGUACACUUCAAGUACAUCGAGGCGGCUACUAAGAUCGGUCAAUUCGCCGAGGUGGAGAGAAUCUGCAGAGACAGUAAUUACUACAACCCGGAGAAAGUCAAAAACUUCUUGAAGGAGGCAAAACUUGCCGAGAUGUUACCCCUGGUCAUUGUCUGCGACAAGCACAAUUUCGUCCAUGAGUUGGUUCUCUACCUGUAUCAGAACCAGCGCUUCCAAGCGAUCGAGGUGUACGUCCAGCGCGUCAAUCCUGGCAGAACACCUGAAGUCGUGGGCGGUCUUCUCGAUGUCGACUGUGACGAGUCGGUAAUCAAGGGUUUACUCCAGUCCGUCGAUCCCGCGUCGAUCCCUAUUGAUGGUCUGGUACGCGAAGUCGAGACUCGAAACCGUCUCAAGCUGUUGCUGCCGUUCCUCGAGGCCACCCUGGCCUCCGGCAACCAGCAACAAGCCAUCUUCAAUGCUCUUGCCAAGAUCUACAUCGACUCCAACAACAAUCCGGAGAAGUUCCUGAAGGAGAACGAUCAGUAUGAUACCAUCAGCGUCGGAAAGUACUGCGAGAAGCGCGAUCCGAACCUAGCCUACAUCGCGUACCAAAAGGGGCAGAAUGAUCUCGAACUUGUCAACAUCACAAACGAGAACUCGAUGUACCGAGCUCAAGCCCGCUAUUUGUUGGAGCGUUCUGAACGCGAGCUUUGGAUGUUCGUUCUCAGCGAGAACAACAUUCACCGGCGCUCAGUCAUUGACCAGGUUGUUGCCACAGCGGUUCCCGAGUGCAGCGAUCCCGCCAAGGUCUCCGAAGCCGUUGCCUCGUUCUUGGCAGCUGAUCUUCCCGUUGAGUUGAUCGAUCUUCUGGAGAAGAUUGUGUUGGAGCCUUCCCCCUUCAACGAUAAUCCUAGCCUCCAGAAUCUGCUCAUUCUCACCGCUGCUAGAGCCGACAAGGGCCGGGUUAUGGACUAUAUCUCCCGCCUGGACGGCUUCAAUCCUGACGAAUGCGCACUACUCUGUAUCGAUGUCGGCCUCUUCGAGGAAGCCUUCCAGAUCUACAAGAAGGUUGGGAACACGGCAGCGGCAGUCUCCGUUCUCGUCGAGAACGUCGUUAGUAUCGACCGGGCUAACAGCUUUGCCGAGGACGUUGAUUCACCCGAGGUCUGGAGCAAGGUUGCAAAGGCUCAACUUGAUGGCCUCCGGGUCGGUGACGCGAUAGACUCAUACAUUAAGGCUGGUGACCCUCGCAACUAUGCCGAGGUCAUCGAGAUCGCUACGCACGCCGGCAAGAACGAAGAGCUCGUCAAGUUCCUGCGCAUGGCACGGAAGACCCUGAGAGAACCGCCCAUUGACACUGCUCUAGCUUUCUGCUACGCGCGACUUGACCAACUUGGGGAGCUGGAAGAUUUCCUUCGAGGAACCAACGUUGCCAACAUUGAAGAGUCUGGUGACAAAGCCGCCAGUGAAGAUCUCCACCAGGCUGCGAAGAUCUUCUACAGCAGUAUCUCCAACUGGUCCAAGCUGGCCACGACCCUUGUACACCUCGAGGACUACCAGGCGGCUGUCGAGUGCGCGCGCAAGGCCAACAACAUCAGAGUCUGGAACCAAGUUCAUGCCGCAUGCGUGGGCAAGAAGGAAUUCCGACUGGCCAAGAUCUGCGGUCUCAACCUGAUCGUCGAUGCUGAACAGUUGCAGGCUCUUGUCAAGCAAUAUGAGCACGCAGGCUACUUCGAUGAGCUCAUUGACCUUCUCGAGCAGGGCCUUGGCUUGGAGCGCGCUCACAUGGGCAUGUUCACUGAGUUGGGAAUUGCACUGUCAAAGUACCAUCCCGAGAGGCUCAUGGAACACAUCAAGCUCUUCUGGAGCAGAAUGAACCUCCCCAAGCUCAUCCGAGCUUGCGAGGAAGCCAACCUGUGGCCCGAGUUGGUGUUCUGCUACUACCAUUACGACGAGUUUGACAAUGCGGCGCUGGCCGUGAUGGAGCGUGCGCAAAACUCGUGGGAGCACCAGCAGUUCAAGGAUAUUGUUGUCAAGGUUGCCAACCUCGAGAUAUACUACCGUGCCAUCAACUUCUACCUCGAGCAGCAUCCGUCGCUGCUCACUGAUCUGCUUCAGGCCCUCACCCCGCGUAUCGACGUCAACCGUGUCGUCCGGAUGUUCAUCAAGUCUGACAAUCUGCCUCUGAUCAAGCCUUUCCUGCUCAACGUCCAGACCCAGAACAAGCGGACAGUCAACGACGCUAUCAACGAUCUGCUUAUCGAGGAAGAAGACUACAAGACCCUGCGAGAUUCGGUAGAGAACUACGACAACUAUGAUGCUGUUGAUCUUGCGAGUCGUCUGGAGAAGCAUGACCUCGUCUUCUUCAGACAGAUUGCUGCUAACAUCUACCGUAAGACGAAGAGAUGGCAGAAGUCUAUCGCUCUGUCGAAGCAGGACAAGUUGUUCAAGGAUGCCAUCGAGACAGCUGCUAUCUCUGGCAAGUCCGAUGUAGUCGAGGAGCUGCUCCGAUACUUCGUCGACAUCGGCAGCCGGGAAUGCUACGUCGGUAUGCUGUACGCAUGCUACGACCUUAUCAGCCCCGAUAUCGUCCUUGAGCUGUCGUGGCGCAAUGGUCUGACCGACUUCACCAUGCCAUACAUGAUCAAUAUGCUCUCCCAGCAGACCAAAGACCUCGCCACGCUCAGGGCUGACAACGAGGCGCGGAAAGCUAAAGAGUCGGCCCAGGAGAAGCAGGAAGACGAGACGCCUAUCCUCGGUGGCAAUCGUCUCAUGAUCACGGCUGGACCUGGUGCUCCUUCGGGCUCGCCAGCGCCUUUUGGCCAAACCAAUGGUUUCGUCCCUCAGCCUACUGGCUACGGCUAUUAG